AUAAUAAACGAUUUUUAGGUUUAUGAUUUAGAAGAAGGGUUUAUCAGAUUUUCCAGAAACGAAAAAAAUGGUAUGUGACACGCUGGCCUUUCAUAAACCCUUUUUUUAGUGUAUGUAGCUCACAAAACUUUUGAUAUUGAACCCGGGAAGGAAAACAUCAAUGUGCACGGUUGGUCACAGAGCAACAGUAAAAAGACAGCAACUCAGCAUGCAGUUAUUAAGACAUCAUGCAUUCAUUCUAAAAAACUAACACCUAUAAUUUUCCGAUUAAUAGAAUGCACUUUUUUACACUAUCGUGUAUGUUCUACAACGUGCCAUAAAGUACGUAGGAUAUCUUGGAGAGGGAUUCGAGAAUUUCUUGUAAGGAUUCGUUAAUACGUGGGAUCAAAAAACAAAAGAGGUGGACCAAUAUACAACUCGACGAGCUCUAUCGACUGGUAUCAUUUUCAACUCAUUUACAUGCCAAGAACCUCCCAAAAUUGCUAACCAAACCCAAAAGCGAGAUUCUUUCAGAAAAACCUGUAUGGAUUCGCUAAUUCGGGGGACCAAAACAUGAAGAUCAUAUCAGCAGUUAGAACUCAUCGAGCUCUAUCGAAUAAACAACUUUUGAGGUCGACUCGAUGCUAGGAUCCCCUGCGAAAGGGCAAAUCCGCAUUUUAGUUCAAGAUUCAUUAGAAAAAUUUUUGUUUGUCUAUUUUUUUUGUACCCAACAAAUAUUAAAAAGUUUUGUUUACUUGAAAGAAAAGCUUUAGACUUCUUAUUUCUUAUUCUUUUUUUUAUUAAGCUUUUCAUUUAGUUUUUCUUUUUUCUAAUUUCUUUGAAGUUGAAUUGUUCGAGAGGACGGUACGGCAACGACAUCGUCUUAUUCAUAUUUUAUUAUUUUCUGGAAAAGAAUGAUGCAUGUAGAGAAAGAGGGGAAAAGUUACUGGUUAAUAAGUUUGUAAGCGUGCGAAAGGGAGAAGGAAAGAAGAAAAAACAAACAUUUUUCUUGAUAUCACGAUCCUCGCGCUCGUAUUAUUCAUCAAUAUAUUUAUCGACAGAAAGAAAAAAAAAUUGAAACUUUGCUCCUUCAGUUCAAUAGAGAAGAAGGAACGAAAGAGGGAUAUAUAUAUAUAUAUAUAUAUAGAUAAGUGCAUUACACGCAUAUACAUAUGCAGGAGAGAAAAUAAAAUUAUUGGAUAGUUUCAGUCGAUCAAUCAGUUAUCGAACCGAGAAAAUAAUUCUAUGAUUGACAAGUUUAUGACAAUUCCUACCUAAAAAAAGAUUUUUAAUUUUUUUAAAUUUUGGUUUAGAUACUUUUUCCUAUUCCCGAUCCAGCUUUUCUUCUCAAACUCACAAAAAUAAGACGAUGUUGUUGCCUUACCGUUCUCUCGAACAAUUCAAAUUAAAAGAAAUUAAAAAGAAAAGAAAAACUAAAUUAAAAACUAUAUAAUAAAAGAAAAAGAAAUCUUUAGUUUUUUUCUUUCAUGUAAAUAAAACUUAUUAAUAUGUGCUGGGUACUAAAACAAAAUAGAUAAACAAAAAAUCUUGUCAUCAAUUUGGAAUUAAGAUCUGGAUUUGCCCUUUCGGAGGGGGUUCUAGCACCGAGUCGAGGUCAAAAUGUGUUCACUGGAUAGAGCUCGUCGAGUGCUAUCUGCCUGUAUCGUUUUCAUGUUCUGGUCUCACGAAUUAGCGAACCCAUACAGGUUUUUCUGAAUAAACUUGGUUUUCGGACUUGAUUAGCAUUUUGGAAGGGAUUUCAGCAUAUGAAUUAGCUUAAAAGGUGUCCACUGGAUAGAGCUCGUCGAGUUGUAUUGACUGGAGUCAUUCUCACGUCUUGGUCCCACGGAUUAGCGAAUCCUUACAUGUUUCACAAAACGAUUGCGAUUUUUUUGCCUUUUUUGCAGUUUUUCAGGUUUUUCUCCAGGUAGGAAGGGUGCUGAAGAAAAAGUAAAUAAUGCAUUCGAUAGAGCUCGUCGAGUUCUAUCUUGGUCCACCUUUUUUAUUUUUUGAUCCCACGUAUUAACGAGUCCUUACAAGAAAUACUCGAAUCGCGCUCCAAGAUAUCCUACGUCAUAAAGUUUCAUUUCGAAUAUUGAAAUCAAAACCUAGUCACUGCAGUAACGCGUUACGUGGAUAAGCCGUAGAGCUGGAAAUUGAAUGAGCGUUUCUUAUUGAACGGUUUUUAGGGUAUUCCAAAAAGUAGAACAAUUUGGCGAUACGAUGUUAGAAAUGAAUUGAUUUCAUUUCUAUGCUCAAUGUUGUUUAUACCCGCUUUGUAAUAUUUUGUGCUAUGUCCUGAGAUUGAGCUUAUCUUCUUCGGUUCUUGUACGUCGAUAGCAAUUCUGCAGAUACUGUUUGUGUCUCAGCAUUAUUCUUCGUGUUUCAGCCAUGGUGGGUUGGGAUGUGGGGUGCGAGGUGUAAAUGAAUGUGGGUGUGUUUGUCGUAGUGGUUUUCUCUUAACAUGGAAAAUGUCAACCCUACGAAAGCCGCCACUCGAACACGCACACAAUCAAGAGUUUUCUGAGACCAUCAUAGACCAUGACAGAUGGCUUCAGAAAAGCAGCUUCAUAUAUGAAUUAUGCAGGGAUUGCGAUAACAGCUUUUUUUAAAUUGAUUCUUAGGACGAAACGCGUUGAAUUAUGGUACAUCGGCUUUUGUUAGCUUUCAUCAUACUAAGCCUAUUGGUUUUGGCGAAGGUGGAGCUGUUAUUAUCGACCGUAAAUAUGAAAUGGCAGUUCGUCAAUCUAUAAACUUUGGUUACGAUGUUCCUAAAGGAGAUGUUCGUUGGUUGGCAGAAGGAAGCAACUACAAAAUGAGCGAUGUUCAAGCUGCUUUCAUCUAUGCUUAUCUUGAUACGUUUCACGAUAUUCUCGAUGCAAAUAUGUCUUUGUACGAAAGACUGAAGCAAGAAAUCUACAAGCUUAAUAUUGAUAUAAACUUCCUACCAAACUUUUCUUCAACAACUCCUUUUACUUCCUGUUGUCCAGUUUUAUUCAAACGGUCGAUUGAAGAGAGUCUCCUUAAACUAGUAGCAUGCGAAGAUUCUAUUGAUAUUCGUAAAUAUUACAAACCUCUAAUAUCAAUCAGGUCUCUUGCUCCAGUUUCAUAUGAUGUGUACGAUCAUAUUGUUUGCUUCCCAUGCCAUUCUCAAAUGACUGAUCAAGAUGUGUUGAAAAUUCUUCAUGUCAUACAAAAACUACAUGAAAAAAGUCUCGUAGUAUGA